AUGGUCAAGCCAAAGGACAACACCUCUGAGAACAAAAAACGCCCGAAAUCGAACGACGAAGUAAUCGUCCCUCGAGACGUCUCGUUACCUCUGGAUGUGAAUUCUCGCCUCAUGUGCCGAUUUCGCUCGGGGGAUGAAUUUUACAUGGUAAAAAUCAUCGAAAAACGAGACGAUCCGGACAAACCCGAGAAUGCAAAACACGUGGAGUACUACGUGCACUACGAAGCGUUCAACAGACGCUUGGACACGUGGGUGAGCUUGAUGGAUUUUGAUUUAGGGACGCUGGAGAAACCGAGGACGAAGGAAGUCGCGGACGCGCAACCGAGCAAAGAGGACGGGGAGAAGGAUCCGAAAAAGAAGAAACAGAAGAGAGAGAACAACGAGAAGAACGAUGUGAAAGUAGAAAACGACGGCGUCGCGGCGGAGAAUAAGAUGAAAGGCCACGGGGGCGGGCACGGGAACGCGCAUCCCGACCCGGAGCACGCGGAGUUUGAUCCGAGGGCGUUGCAAGAGCACGAGGAGUUCACAAAAGUACGGAAUAUUUUGAGCAUCGAGCUUGGAAAUCACGAGAUGGACACGUGGUAUUUCUCGCCGUUUCCUCCGGAGUAUAACGGGACCAAGAAGUUGUACUUUUGCGAGUAUACGUUGGCGUUUUUCAAAAGGAAAGAGCAAUUGCAAAGACAUUUGAAGAAGUGCACGGUGCAACAUCCGCCGGGAGAGGAAAUCUACCGAAACGGAAAGAUUUCCUUCUUUGAAAUCGACGGGAAGAAGCACAAAAUGUUUUGUCAAAAUUUAUGUUAUUUGGCCAAGUUGUUUUUGGAUCACAAGACGUUGUAUUACGACGUCGAUCUGUUUUUGUUUUACGUCUUGUGCGAAUGGGACGAGAGAGGAUACCACGUCGUCGGGUACUUUUCCAAGGAGAAGUGUUCGGAGGAAGGGUAUAACUUGGCGUGUAUUUUGACGUUACCGCCGUACCAACGGAAAGGCUACGGGAAAUUACUGAUUGCGUUUUCGUACGAGUUAUCGAAGAAAGAAGGAAAAGUCGGGACGCCGGAGCGACCUUUGUCCGAUCUCGGGUUGGUGUCCUACCGAGGGUAUUGGACGAGAGAGUUGCUGGCGUUGUUGGCGGAUCCAAACAGACAGUUCGUGUCGAUUAAAGACUUGUCGGAUUUGACGAUGAUUAAAACGGAAGAUAUCAUCACGACGUUGCAACACUUGAACUUAUUGGCGUAUCAGAAAGGCGCGUACGUGAUUUGCGCGGCGCCGGAUUUGAUUCAGAAACAUUUGAAAAACGCCGGGGGACCGGGCGUGCGAGUGGACGCGAAGAAAAUUAUCUGGACGCCGUAUAACGCGGAUAAAGAAUACGAAAAGUAUCGCGGGUAA